UAACUUUUUAAGAUAUUUUUUGUGAUUCAGAAUUUGUGAAACUGAGAAAUUUUAUUUAUAAAAUUGCUAUCAGCUAUCCUCUUGAGUGUAAGAAUAAAUUGUCGAUUCUUGCUAAAUUUGUGGUUAUCUUUCUGAAAAUGGAAUCUUUAAAGUCGAUUCGUGAAAAUCUAAGAGUUGUAAAGCUGUGGGUCCUUAUUGAGAACGAAAACCCUGUUAAAUUAAGUGUUAAGUGGAAAAUUACUGAUCCAGAGCCUGACUUGGUUGAUAUCGAACCUAGACUUUGUGAAAAAGAAGUUCUUAGUGACGUUCAGCCAGAGAGACUCGAAUUCUUUAGGUAUGGUGAUCGUAUCACGCCUAUUUGUCCAGGUACCCUCGUUAGUACUUUGAAUACAACAGACCAAGAUCCUCUUGUUGUGCGUUAUCCCUUAUCUGACUCUCAAGUUGUUGUUCGCUGCAAUUUAUUCACGUCCUGGUACAAAAAAAGGUUUCCGCACAACAGUGGUCUUUGGUACCUUAUACGUCAUGGAGUAGAAACGAAAUGGGAAAACUUGAGAAACUCCCAAUAUUUUUUUGUGUACAGUCAAGAUAAUAAGAAAAGCGAGGAGGAACAGAUCAUGAAUGAAUUUGCGCUCAAUAAUAUAGUGGCAAAUAUUCAACCUUCGGAAGACAGUGACGAACGCGAAAUCAGUCUUUCUAUUCGGGUUAAAGGUAAGAAAGCAUAUGAUGAUUGGGAAAUAGGUGAAGUUCUCAAGGAGUUUUUGCAUCAAGACGGAUCAUCCAUAGGCGAUAUUCCUACAUUUAAAAUGGACGAUCUUAAAAAACCUGAUCCUGAAAUUACUCAAGUGGAACUCAAAUUAUUUGUUGAUGAGCUUAAAAAAAAAAAAGUACUUUCAAAUAUGUUGUUCGUAAUGAACCAACCUGCCGAGAGUUCAUUUCUGCAUUCAUGACCACAGCUGUAAAAUGUGUCCAAUCAAUAGAAGAAAAUCUUCAGAUCAAAGCUAAAGAAUGGCUUGAUGGAAGCUGUGGCUAUGGUCUCACUGACUUUGCUGCUUAUGUUGAAAGUAAAUUGACAUUAGUCGCAGUAGUUAAGAAAGA